UUUCCCCCUUGCCUUCCAAUGCGCCUGGCGGAGAUGAUCAAAAAGAUGGGUCCCAGCGAGUUGGAGCUCAACAUCCCAUCCAAGAACUGCUACCGCAUGGUCAUUCUGGGCUCGUCCAAGGUGGGCAAGACGGCCAUCGUCUCCCGCUUCCUCACCGGGCGCUUCGAGGAGCAGUACACGCCCACCAUUGAGGAUUUCCACCGCAAGUUCUACAGCAUCCGCGGCGAGGUGUACCAGUUGGACAUCCUGGACACUUCGGGCAACCACCCUUUCCCCGCCAUGAGGCGCCUCUCCAUCCUUACAGGAGAUGUCUUUAUCUUGGUCUUCAGCCUAGACAACCGUGACUCCUUCGAGGAAGUCCAGCGUCUGAAGCAGCAGAUCUUGGAGACCAAGUCUUGCCUGAAGAAUAAGACCAAGGAGAACAUUGAUGUUCCCCUGGUCAUCUGCGGAAACAAAGGUGACCGCGAUUUCUACCGUGAGGUUGACCCCCGGGAGAUCGAGCAGCUGGUGGGACAGGAUCCCAAGAAGUGUGCCUACUUCGAGAUCUCGGCCAAGAAGAACAGCAGCCUGGACCAGAUGUUCCAGGCCCUCUUUACCAUGGCCAAGCUGCCCAGCGAAAUGAGCCCUGAUCUUCACCGGAAGGUCUCCAUCCAGUACUGUGAUCUCUUGCAUAAGAAGACUCUCAAAAGCAAGAAGCUCUUGAAAGAUGGGGACAGCAGUGCAGAAGCCUAUGGCAUCGUGGCCCCCUUUGCCCGCAGACCAAGCGUGCACAGUGACCUUACGUACAUCCGAGAGAAAGCCAUCCGGGGCAGUCAGACGAAAGACAAAGAGCGCUGUGUGAUCAGCUAAGACUUUUGCCCCAGAAGCUUCCCAGAUGAGAUGGGGAACAGUGUCUGUCAAAACUGGUUGCCCACGGGUGGCACAUGCCUUCUGCCCCAAGGGGUUGCAACGCCCUCUAACUCUUUCCAUGGGGACUUUUCAGCUGUUCCCCUCAAUUUGAGUUUUUGGAGGAGGGGGAUCGGAGAUGGCUGUUGGUGGUUCCCUGGCAAGGGACUGGCUGAGGACUUUUGAGUGCAGAAGAGACUGAAAACAAACAUUACAGGAGAGACAGUUUCCUCCAAGCUCUCUGUGUUGUGUUUUGUCUUAAGAGACUUGGGAGAGAAGUGGGGAGGGAUAGAGCAACUGGCUACUGCUGAACUCCCGAGAAGUUCUCUCUGAGGUUGUAUCUGUCUGUGAUGUCCGUGUGUGGUGGGAUGCAACCCAUCCAGGGGAAAAAAGCCAACCUGCACUGCUGCUGCUAAACAUAUGGCAAACCUCUCCACUGCCCCCUCCCACUUGUGGGAGCAGCAGAAGCUGUUGGGAGGGUGGCUGGAAAAGCAAUGUUUACAUUUGUCCUUUUUUCUCUUUUUCCCUUGUGAAAGAGAAAAAAAUGCAUUAAAACAGGCACCUUAUGUUAAGUAUUGGGUCCAUGGACGUGAACAAAAUAUUUGCUAAGUGUUUCUACAAUGCAUGAUGCUGUUUUGAUUUUUUAUAUAUUUUUUUACAAAAUAAAACUUGAAAAUUAA